AUGGACGUAGAGGAGACCCAAACCACCUCCAACACCAUAAGGUCCGAAAUCGCUAUUCCCAAAGCGUCGGCUGCACCCGUUGCCGCUCCAAGGACCAGGGUUAUGCGAACACCGCCAUCCGCCGAAGCAGUCACGGAGAUGAGAGAAAAGCAGCUAUUGGAGCCACAGGGGCCUCCAUGUUGCAGCCUGUGCCAUCGCCCACACGCCCUGAAACGAUGCACCAUUUUUAAGAGCAUGAAACCCGCUCAACGACAACAGAUUGCAAGAGCCCAUGGGCAUUGCAUGGCCUGCCUGGCAGAUGACCACGCCACCAUAGAGUGCUGGGCCGACGGCGCCUGUCAAUAUUGCCAGAGGCCCCAUCACACUCUAUUUCAUCGGUUUCCCCGCCGAGCCAAUCCGUCGGAAAGUAGCACCAACACCCGUACCAGACCUCGCAGCGAUCCUAUCCGGCGCCGACGACGCACCCAACCAAUCACCACACGUACACGGCCAUCUCCGCCACGCCACGCUCAUCGCCAUCGGCAACAACGACGCUCAACAGGGUUGAGCGCUGUACUCAGUACACUAUAA